GUGCGAAGUGUAGUCCUUGUAUUUUCUAACAUGCGCUAGGGUUCUCUUUUCCCCCCUCAAACUCAAACUGGUUCGAUCUCAGGAAAAAAACAGAGAGAGAAGAAAAUCGAAAUUUCUGCUUUCCAAACCCCUCAAAAUCUCUGCUUUCCUCAUUCUUCCGUCUUCUUCUUCCCAUCACACCCUAAACAAAUCAACGGCUGAAAAUAAAAUGAAGGAAAAGGGGGAAAAAUCCGUCCGUUGAAAAGCAGAAUUUUGGAUCUCUCUCAGAAUCGCCACCACAAUCCGAAACCGUCUAAUGCUCAGCUAAGCUCCUUCUUCGCCUCAAGAAUUCGAACGCCAUGAAUGUAUCCAUAAUCGAUCCGUUGCAGGGAGAUUUUCCAGAAGUGAUAGAGGAAUAUCUGGAGCAUGGGACUAUGAAAUGUAUCGCCUUUAACCGCAGGGGAACGCUUCUUGCAGCUGGGUGUCAUGACGGUAGCUGUGUUAUCUGGGAUUUUGAGACCCGAGGAAUUGCUAAGGAGCUCCGCGAUAAAGAUUGCACUUCAGCAAUCACAAGCGUUUGUUGGUCAAAGUACGGUCACCACAUACUCACUUCAGCCACCGACAAGUCCUUGACACUCUGGAACGUUGUCGAUGGGGAGAAGGUAGCCCGUGUAAUGCUGCCGAAUGUUACGUUGCAUGCCCGCCUCCAUCCGGGCUCCUACUUUCCUUCCACCUGCUUGGCGUGCCCGCUUUCAUCUGCACCUAUCCUUGUAGACUUGAACACCGGGAGCACGACUGUGCUGCCAGUUUCGAUAUCUGAUGUGGGCGCUGAAGCAAUCCCUCCUUCACGCAACAAAUUUGCUGAUGGGUCCCCUGCCAUCAGAGUAAUUCCAGCGACUUUCAACAAGCAUGGGGAUCUGAUAUAUGUUGGGAAUGCAAAUGGGGAAAUACUUAUAACUGAUUCCAAGAAUACCCACGUCCGUGCAGUGGUUCCCAUUUCAGGUGUUGUGAUUAAGCAUAUCAUUUUCAGCAGGAAUGGGCAGUACCUGCUCACAAAUUCGAAUGAUAGGACCAUCCGGGUCUAUGAGAAUCUUCUGCCCCUGAAAGAUGGGGCACAGGCUCUUGAUGAACUCAGUAGCAGUGAGGCCGAGUUGGAAGGGAUUGAGAAGUUGAAGGCUGUGGGGUCCAAGUGCUUGGUGCUUUUCCAGGAAUUUCAGGAUUCUGUCACUAAGAUCCAAUGGAAGGCCCCCUGUUUUAGCGGCGAUGGUGAGUGGGUGGUCGGCGCAUCUGCUACUAAAGGGGACCACAAGAUUUAUAUAUGGGGCAGGGCUGGGCAUCUAGUGAAGUUCCUAGAAGGUCCUAAAGAAGCCUUGUCGGAUCUGGCUUGGCAUCCGGUCCACCCCAUUCUGGUCUCCCUUUCUGUGAAGGGUCUAGUCUAUAUAUGGGCCAAGGACUAUACAGAGAACUGGAGUGCGUUCGCUCCCGAUUUCAAAGAGCUUGAGGAAAACGAAGAAUAUGAAGAGAGAGAAGAUGAGUUUGAUUUGAUGCCCGAUACUGAAAAGGUGAAAGAAUUGGACGUUAAUGAAGAUGAGGAAGUCGAUAUCGUGACAGUGGAUAAGGAUUCAGCUUUUAGCGAUUCAGAUACGUCUCAGGAAGAACUUUGUUUCUUGCCAGCUAUUCCUUCUCCAGACAUCCCCGAACAGCAAGACAAGUUUGUCGGAAGUUCGACAAAGUUAGAAGACAGCACUCAUUCCGGAUCUCCGCUUUCCGAGGAGGCGGGACAGAAUGGGCAAGAGGAUAAUCUGGAGUUGAGCCCAGUUGAAGUGGUUGGUAAUUCAAUCGCGGAUGAUAUGGGAACGAACGGACGUGUGAAAAGAAAGCGGAAGCCAUCAGAGAAGGGGUUGGAGAUGCAGGCUGAGAAGGGUCGAAAGCCCUUGACGAAGAUAAAGCCUUCUGGUAAGUCUUCGAAAGCUAGAAAUAAAUCUGGGGAGGGACAGGAUACAUUGCUAUUUGAGGAUGAUGUAACUGAUGAAUACAUGUAGAUUUAUCAUCUUUCAUUUCUUCUUAUAUUUCUUUCAUAGCGGAGUUUCUGUUUGCA